AUGCUUAUUAUGUUAACCUUUGCAUUGCAAUUAGUUAAAAUUCUGUACAUGGUUUAAUAGCUGUAUUUACUGGAUUUUAAAUAGGGCAUGCCCAUAAUAGAAUAAACUAAAAAAAGAAAAAUAUUUUGUUAUAUACCAUUAGAAAAUAUGUUAAUCGGUAACGUUAGAAACAGAAUAACAAGUAGUAACGGUGAUUGGUAAAAGUUGCUUGCUUCUACUAGUUAACCUUUAUUUAGGUACUGA